CCUUACCUUAGUAGUACGAAGGCUGGCAACACCCACUGCCGUUUGAUGAACUGAAACGCGACCACGUAGAUGGACACGUGUCAGGAAAAUGGACGUUCGUACUCUGUGUAUCUUACUCCCAUCCCUUGCUUACAAAAAAACUCUCCCAACCAAUCUCUCACGUCCACCCACCCUGGAUACCCUCCUCCACCACCACAACACCUCACCACCAUCACCAUCGCCAUCACCACCAUUAAUAUCAAUGGCCAAGCGCCCUUGCCCUUCCUCUUCCACAUCUCAAAUCCCUAACGCCAACGCCAGCGCCAAACAGAAUCCUUCAAUGGACUAUCUGCUAGAAACAUUUCUUGAUAUGGCUGACUCUCCUCUGUCCAUCGGCUUGUCCUUCGAUAGGCUCAUCGACUCCACUCCUUGCGACGCCGAUCAAUCGCUGCUCAUCGAUCGCGCUCUCAAAUUAGGCUCCUUACUUCUUGAAGCCGGUAAUCGGUCGGCUCGAAAACGCGCCUCCAAGCAUAAUUCACUCGCCUGGGUCCUACCUCCUGAUCUCACCAUUAAAGUGUUUUCUAUGCUUGAUAGUCAGAGCUUGUGCUAUGCUGCUGCCACGUGUUCUAUGUUCUACAAAUGUGCUAUGGAUCCUCUGUGCUAUGCUAAUAUUGACUUGAGGACAAUUGUGCCUAAGGUUAAUAAUGCUGUUGUGUCAACAAUGAUCCAACGAGCUGGAAGAUGUCUUCGGUCUCUUCAACUUGGCACAGUUCCUGGUCCAACUGCCUCUCCUUUUUCUUGUCAGUCCCUGGUUUACACUAUCAGGAACUCUGUAGAUGUGUCAAGUUUCUCUUGGAAUGAUAAAAAGACCAGGCAAGGGAAAGAGUCAUUCAUUCUAACAAGAUCUUGUCUAAAACCAUUAAGUGGGGAAAGUGGUGCUGCUGGGUCACUUUUGAGAAGGUUGCACCUUUACAACAUUGAAAGAAUGGAUAACACAUCACUUUGUAUGGCAUUAUCAGCCUGCCCAUCUCUCCUCGAUCUGGAAAUUGUUGGCCUUCAUGUUGAAUUGAGGCAAACAUUGAUGUCAGUAAGCAUGAAUUGCCCCUUGAUAGAGCGUUUGUUCUUUGAGUCUUCAAAAACAGGAAGAGAUGACAGUUUGAAAUCGCCUACCUGUGUUGACUUCGUGAACAAUUGUCCACAUCUAACUUCUUUGGCGCUUAGAGGUUUUAAGCUGCCAGACUAUAAAGUUCGCAUACUUCUCAAGGGACUUUAUAAGCUAAAGUAUGUUGAUUUUUCCACAUCAUACUCAAUCACUGGAACUUUUCUGAGAAAUCUUGGAAAUGGAACUGGUGGGAAUCUGCUAGAAGUGUUGAUUUUACGAGAUUGUAUGCACCUUAAAGAAAUGGAAGUUGCUCGAUUUUUGACAGUAGUUCUUGCAGGAGAUUUCAAGUUUCUUCGACAUCUUGACAUAUCCAAUAGAGAAGGUUUAGCUUCUGAAGGUGAUUGGUAUGAGAGAUGCUUCAACUCUAGAAUCAUUCCUUUAAAGGAGGUUUCAGAAGAAAGGCCUGAUCUCUGUUUGCUGGCUGAGUUUCCAUCUGAAGGAAGCUUCAUUGACAUUGACCAUAUGGUUGACAGCGAGUUCAAUAGUGAGGUCAGCUUGUCAUCUCAACUUAGUAGUCAUAUGUCAGAUAUCUCACUGCUUAUGAGUUCUUCAGAAAGCAGCUAUAGUAGUGAUCAGGGUAGUGGCAACGAAGAGGGUCAAGAUUCCGGUUAUAUAAUUUUUGAAGAAAGCUCAGAUGAAGUGGAUUUUCUGGCUGUUUAGGUGAACCACCAGAAAGAUGCCCAGUGUGGAAAACAUGGCCAGCCAACUAAUUAGGAUGGAGGCCUUUUGUAGAACAAAGCUGGAUUGAAGAGUGGUCGUGAAAUCGACUUUGUUAGAAAUGUAGAUCUUAACAGUCUGUAAAGUUCAUGUCCUCCUCCGUACCGGUAUUAAAUCUGUAUGCCACACUAUUGCGGCAGUUUUUCCAGCUUGGUCAAUUAAAUAGAGGAACUUUUCGCCCUACUUGUAAAAGCCUUUGGGGAUUUUUUUUUUGUUAACCCCUCUUGUUUCUCUUUUCGCUUAGUUUAUUUUUGAGAUGUUUAUUCUCUUCUGUAAUUUGUAGCUGAGAUCAACACUGAAUUAAUUUUAAUCAUCUAUCAAGAUUGUAAUUACCAGCGUGCUGACAAAUUAUAUUUCUAUUAAACGGAA